AUGAAUACUUCUAACCCAAGUAUUCCAAUUUCGGACAGAGAGUUCGCAUCUAUUGAGCGGAUGAAAACUAACGUUUUGAAAAAGGCCCGGGAAAGAGGCCUAAAAAUUGAAGAAAAAAUUAAAAACCACUUCGACGAAUUACUCAAGAAGGAAAAGAGAAAGGCAAUCGGAAAGGAAGUUAAGACUGUUGCAAGGCAAUUCCAAAGACGAAGGAAGCAGACCGAGGCUGAUGCACGAAAGGCGAUAAAGGACACAAAAAAAUGGAAAAGCGAUAUCACCAAAGAAGAGAAAAGACGGCGAAAAGAAGUCACGGACUGGAAAGCCGAGGCACAAAAGUGGAAGAAGGAAUCCCAACGGUUACGACGAAACGCAUGGCCUCGUGAAAGGCGAGCUGAGGAGAACCGUAGGAUUCCAGAGGGCAAGUGGAAAGGUAAAAAGAAGUUUGCCCGUCUUCAGCUAAAGUUGGGUGAUAAGUUAAGUAAAAUUUGGGAUAGGUCGAGGGAAAUCCUGAAACCCAUCCUAGCCAAGCAUGCCAUCAAGAAAAAGGUAAAGAAGUAUGUUAUCAAUCCCAAAGGCGCGUACGAUCCAUCCUACUUCCUAACCACCACGAAAGAUGAGGUUAAAACGGAACCCAGAAACGUAAGGAUGUCCUUGGCUUGUGAAAUGGUAAGAAGCGACCCAAAAACCUGGGAAGAAGUGUCAACCAUCGCUCACUUCGGGUCAAAAAACCACAAACUUAUCGGUACGGACGAUAUGGAGGAGGCUCAAAGCAUAAUGAGGGAAAAAAUACUAAAGUCAUUCUCCGAAUACCAAAGGAGAGGCAGUGGCUGGAGACUACGCAAAGUUACCCAGUUAGAGAUCCACAUCGGAGAAUUACAACACUUCAGGGGUAAAAAACACGAACCUCUACCCAAAUCCAUGGUAAGUAAGAAGGCUAUUAUUAAUUUGAAAAACGACGACGACGAAUGUUUCAAGUGGGCUAUCACACGUGCCUUAAACCCACCGACAUCCGUCCGGAAAGAAUCACAACGGAACUUAAAGAACAACCCAAAGAGCUAAACUGGGAAGGGACAGAAUUCCCAACACCCUUAAAUAAUAUUAAGAAAUUCGAGAAAAACAACAAUAUUUACGUCAACGUGUUCAGCGCCGACGAAAGCCUUAAGGUGUAUUACCCCUUACGGGUAUCCGGAAAAACCAACCCCAUAAUACUGACCCAAAUUUAG